AUGGCGCUGCUGCGGGCGGCCGCGCUGCCCGCCGAGGGCUGCCCGGCCUGGCUGCCCACGCACGUCCAGGUGACGGUGGUGCGGGCCCGCGGGCUGCGCUGCAAGGGCGGCGGCAAAGGCAAAGCGGGCGGCAGCGACGCGUACACCGUGAUCCAGCUGGGCCGCGAGAAGUACAGCACCUCGGUGGCCGAGAAGAGCGGCGGCAGCCCCGAGUGGAGGGAGGAAUGUGCCUUCGAGCUGCCCCCCGAGCCCGGGGCCUGCGCCGAGCUGGUGCUCACGGUGAUGCACCGGGCGCUCGUGGGCAUGGACCGGUUCCUGGGCCAGGCCCUGGUGCCCCUGGAGCCCGCCCGGCAGCGCGGCCGCGGGCCCGACGAGCGGUGGUACAAGCUGCACUCCAAGGCUGGGAAGAAGGAGAAGGAGCGUGGUGAGAUCCUGGUGAGCCUGCAGUUCACCAGGCACAGCCUGACCGCCAGCAUGUUCGACCUGUCCGUGAAGGACAAGGCGCGCUCGCCCUUCGGCAAACUCAAGGACAAGGUGACGGGCAAGAAGAAAUACGACCUGGAGUCGGCCUCUGCCAUCAUCCCCAGCAGCAUGGCAGCCCUGGACAUGGAGGAUGACCUGGAGCUGGGGGGCAAGAAGUCCAAGCUGAAGGGUUUCUUCCUGAAGAAUAAGCUGCGGCGGUCGUCGCUGACGCAGUCCAGCACGUCCCUGGGCUCGGACAGCACCAUCUCCUCUGCCAGCCUGAGCCUGGCAGUGCCCGUGCCCGAGGUGCCCAGGUCCCCCAGCAGGCAGGGCAGCCUGUCCAGCGAGCGCUCUGUGAAGGAGCCGCCGGCCUCGCCCAGGCUGAGCCACAAGCGAGCGUUCAGCGAUGAUGUGUCCCAGUGCGGCCCCGCAGAGGUCCCGCAGAGCCCCCAGGCCCGGAGGGACCCCGGCUCCCGCUCGUCCCUGUGCAUCAACGGCAGCCACGUGUACGGGGAGGAGGCGGCGGUGCCCCGGAAUCCGCCCGCCUCCGCGCCCCUGCCCGUGCCCCGCAGGCAGGACGAGCCCCUGGGCUUCACCCCCCUGCACGCCGAGCCCCACUGGGGGCUGGGCAGCCUGGAGAGGGCCCAGCAGAGGGACGAGCCCCGCUUCAUCCCGUCCCCUCCCAGCCUGGCCCUGCAGGAAGAGCUCAAGGUGUCCACCAAGGCCGUGACCCUCAGCAACCACCUGGGCAGGGCCAGGAUGGAGGAGAGCGCCCGCCUGGAGGGCAAACCCAGCCAGGGUGCGGCUGCUCCGGGCCUCCCCGCCGAGCCAGCCAAGGACAGAGCAACCGAGGACACCAGGAAGGAGGAGAAGAAAGCCAAGGGAGGCUUCUUCCACCACGGGGGCAAAGGCCAGGGGGACAGAGGGACCCCCGUCCACACCUCGGCCGCGGGGGAUGAGAGGAGUAAGAGCAGCGGCUGGUUUGGCUCCAAGGAGCCCAAAGAGUCCCCUCAGAAACCCAGUUUCCCGCCUGGGCCGCGUGCUGCACCCGAGGUCGCUGGGAGCUUUUAUUCCUCUGAGGAUUGCAGUCCCUCUGGCUCCCCAAGGCACACAGAGCCCCAGAGGGAGUCUCCAGCCCAGAGCGUUGGUGUCCCCGUGCCUGAAACCAGUCCCCCAGCACCGGGAGAGCUCCCUCCUGCCGACACCGACACCGAGCCUGCUGUCCCCUCGGAGUGGGACGAUACCUUCGAUGCCUUUGCCACCAGCAGGCUCAAACCAGAGCGGAACAAGGAGAACUUUUUUGCCUCGGUGGCAGCAGAGGGCAUGGCUUUCAUCGAUGACCCCAGAGCCAGCCCGACGGAGAGCUCAGCGGGGCCGCCCUGCCAGAAGGGCUCCCAAGUGUUCGAAAAGGCGGCUGAAAUCCCUGCGGCUCUCCGCUCCUGGACAAAUUUCUCCGCUUUAGACGUGGGGGCCAACCUGGUGAGCACCACCCAGGAGGCCACGGUGAUCGAGGACGUGCUGAGCCCCGUGUCCGCGGGCUCCAUGGCUAGGAGGAGGAAAAGCAGCACGCCCAUGGUCUGGACAGCCGCUUUUGCCUCGGGCAACCCCGGGGACAAAGAGGCGUCAGCAGCACUGAGCACUGAAAAUAGCGCUAGGGAGGAGGGGGACAGCGGUGAGGAGGAGUCCUGCAGCACGGGGACGAACGGCUGGAUGACCAUAGCCACGGAGAGUGCCGCUGAGCCCUCAGAGAGCGCCGGGGAGCGCCCGGCUCCUCAGGGCCCCUUCGGCCCGCGCCCGCCCUUCCUGGGCGAGGGCACCUUUGAGGCCCAGAGCUCGUCCCGUGCCACCACCGCCACCUGUGUGCUACCUAUGAGCUCCUUCCCCCCCGAGCCGGCCCCCGAGGCCCCGCCGGGCAGCACCGUGGUGGCGGCCGUGCCCCCGCGGGUGCCGGGGGACGCGGCGGGGCGGAGGUUCCCCGAGGCGGGCGCGGAGCCCGGGGAGGGCGCCUUGGACAUCCGCAGCUCGGUGUUCCGGCUACAGGCCAGCAUGCGGCUGGAGGCCAGCGAGGGCCUGCUGCACUUCAGCUCCGACAUCCGCGAGAGGCGCGUGGUGCUGGCGCCGUGGGCAGGGCUCCAGGGCUGCCCGGAGCUGCCGCCCGGGCCGCCCCCCAAACCACCCCGGCGGUUCGCGGCCGCGGGCCCCGUGGGGGACGGCGAGGACGAGGAGCCUGGUGGCACCCAGCGAGGCAAGCAGGAGCCGUGGGAAGAGUCAGAGGGCCCAGGAGCAGAGAUGGGAUUGCCGAGGAGCCGUGCGAGCAGCGAGCCCUCCGUGCCGGCGCCUCCCAGCCUGCCCGCACCCGGAGCGGCCGCCGCUGAAGCCGCGAGAGAGUUCGCAGCGUCUGAGGGUGCCAGAGCUGCUGCUAUGGACCCAGCGGCUGGCGUGGGGACAGGAGCCGACACCUCUGUGGGCGAACACCCAUCAGAGAUGAACGAGACAGAUGUGGCCGAACAGUUUGAGACUUGCAUGUCCAACUUCUCCCUGGAUGGACUGGACCGGUCGGGUGCUGAGGAGAGCUGGAGCCAGCCCCGUUUAUCCCCUCAGGGGGCCACAGACAGUGCCAAGUGGGAAAUGGCCUCCAAGCAGGAGCUGUUCCCUGAGGAGCUCAGUAUUUCAGGACUAAACCCACCUUCCAAGCUAGACCUGGGCCAGCCCACCAGCUGGACAGCUCUGGGAGAGCAGGAGGCAGCUGGGCAUCCACACCCGCCGCCCCAAAGGUUAGAACACAGGCAGAGGCCAUGCCAGCUGGACCUGGCGUGCCAGGAUGGCGAGGGGCGAGCAGGAGAGCAGCCCAGGCCCCGUGCCCCUCCCCGGGAGGCAGAGCAGGGCAGGACCCCCGCCAGCGAGGAGCCCCAGGGGCGCUGGGCAGAGAGCAGGAUAGACUUCAAGAAAGCCGAUUUCUGGAAGCCAGAUAAGAUAGAGAGGCACACACAGGGAGCUUCAGCCCCGAGAAACCCCUUCACUCUGGCGCUGAGCCCCAGUUCCCCGAGCAACCCCUUCGUGGAGAGGCCCCCAGCCCCUGUCCCUGUCCAGGCUGUGCUGCCCGAAAAGCUUGAGCAGGGCGACUUCAGCUUCCGCAGCCCGCAGGAGGAGCCCCCCGGGCACGGCUUGCAGCCCACUAACGCUACCCCCCUGCAUGUCAGCCCGCCCCUGGCCUUCUCCACCCCUUUCCCCGCGGCUGCCACUAACCCCGAGCCGUGUGGCCGCCCCCGGGCCCCCGCGGGGGUCUCCGCCCGCCGCGCCGCCGCCCGGCCCUGCCCGUGCCCGCAGCCCGGGGAAGCUUCGGCGCUCCUGGUUCUGCCCAGGGAGACACGGCCGGCUGAGAAGCCCCUUGGCCAGCAGACGACCAGCCCCCACCCCGUGAAGCCCCUGAGUGCAGUGCAGGAGGGCUCCAGCGAGAGGAAGCAGCAGCACAGGGCCAGCCUGGGCUCAGCACUGAGCAAUGGCCUGGAGAGGCUGAAGACAGUGACCACGAGCAGCGUCCAGCCCCUGGCCCCGGCCUCCCAGCAGGACAAAACUGACCCCAAGGUAAAGGACCCUGGCCAGCUGGACCAGUCAGCCAAGUAUUACCACCUGACCCACGACGAGCUGAUCCAGCUGCUGCUGCAGAAGGAGGGCGAGCUCAGCAAGAAGGAGGAGCACAUCCAGGAGCUGGAGAACUACAUUGACCAGCUGCUGGUGCGCAUCAUGGAGCAGUCCCCCACGUUGCUGCAGAUCCCUCUGGGGGGAGGCCAGGCCCCCUGAGCCUGCCCAGGGCAGCAGCACCUGGCAGAGCUGUGCCCCCUGAGCCUGCCCAGGGCACCCAGCAGAGCUGUGCCCCAGUAACCACCACGCUGCCAACACCCCCGCACCCCCUCUUCUCACCCGAGGCCUGCGGUGGCUUCUGUUCCCAGAGUUAGCAGGAAGGGUUAUCUGCUCCUUCCCAGCCCAAGCUUAGCCCAGCUCAGCUCCAGGGAGCUGUAGGGUGGUGGGCUGCCAGCACCCUAUGGGGAGGAGCAGAGCCCUCCCCACCAGGCAGGUGCCUCUGCAGGUUCCUGUUGCUGUGACCGAGUGCCACCUCCCAGGCACUCCUCCUGCCAGAGCUUUAAAUGACCCCUGGACAUCUGAGAGCUGGAAACCAUCUCCUCGUGACUUCACCCUGCUGCUGCUCCUCUGCCCACACUCCUCCUCCUCUUCUCUCCCCUGAGAGUGGUGUCCCCUGGCUGGUGUUGAGCUGCUGGGUGACACUGGGGGCACUGAGACCCAGUGAGACUCCCCCAGCACAUUCCUGAGCAGAGCCUGUGGGACACCCCUUGCCCUCCUGCCCCAGUUACCCCCAGUGAAGGAUGAAGAGCCAACUCCAGUUUGUGCCACUCUCUCACCACACUUGUGGGAGAUGCUCCACAAAGGGACAGUGCCAGGCCUAGGUGGUGUCACUGGUGGCUCUGUCACAGCACCAGUGACACUGCCUGGGUCCCUCAUGGUUGGACUGGGAAUAUGGCAAAGGCACCCCAGGAGUGCUGCAGGAGAUCCUCUGCAUGCCCCCACCCAGCAGGGGCUGCUGUGCCCUGGAGGGACCAAGGAGUGCAGAAUUCACAUUGAAUUUCCACUCAGUAUUCCCAGGAAUGGCUGCUCACAGCUGCCCGGCCCUGUUCUGCCUCAUCUGUCCAGCACAGCCAGAAAACACCCCCAGAACAAGGUCUGGGGAGUCUGACCCCUCUG